GCGUGAGCAGGCCAUGUGCGUGUGCAGUCGUUAGCGUGUAUGUGUAGGUAAUACUAGCAGCGAGGCGAAGAAACGCUGAAAAUUAAGGUUAGAGAGCAGCAGCCACCAACAGCCAGCGAGAAAAGCAAGCAAAGCAGCCAAGAGCCACAGAAACCUCAAAUCAUGGAUAGCGCCGGUAAAAAUCGUUAUGAACUCUUGUUCAUGGACGAUGAUGUUUCCGAACCAUUAGAUAAUCUUGUGGCGGCGACCGCUGCCGUAGCAGCCGCAACAGCAGCCAGCAAGAAGAAGCAGCCACAGCCUGCCGCGGGCGGUGCUGCCGCCGCAUCGGCAGCCACCAAGAGUGGUGCCGUCAAGGUGGCCAAGACAGCAGCCGCUGGCGGAGGACCAAACGCUAAGAAACCAAAUCAGGCCGAAAAGGAGAACAAGCCAAAUGCUCUCAACAAAAAUAAUAACAACAACGAAGGCAAGAAGCCCGCUACGACCACGGACAAACAGUUCAACAAAGACAACAGCAGCGGCGGUUACAAGCAAGGCGGCAGCGGCGGCGUCGGUGGUGCUCCCCGUCCAGGCGGCGGCUUUGGCAACAGAACACGUGAAUUCGGCACCGGUCAAGGACAGGGACAAGAGCGGGAACAACGGGGACAGGGCCAGCAGCGUGAGCGCAACGUGAACUUCCGUCAACAGAAUGGUGGUGGCGUGCGCGAUGGAAAUGGAAAUGGCAACUACGAAACACGUGAGCAGCGCAACAACCGCCGCAAUGUCCGUGAGAAUGGCCCUGGUGGACCUCCCGAUGGUCAGCCCCGUCCGUAUCGCGGCCAGGGUAACAGUGGUGCUGGCGGUGAUCGCCCACCUCGCCAGAAUCGCAACUUUGAUGGACAGAACAGGAAGCGGGAAUUCGAUCGUCAGUCUGGAUCCGACAAAACUGGUGUUAAGGCAAUUGAUAAGCGCGAUGGAGCUGGCGCCCACAACUGGGGUUCGGUCAAGGAGGCCAUUGAUGAUGUGAACAAGAACGAAAGCGAGACAUGUGUGAACAAUGCCGAUGGAGAAAACAAGGCCAACGAGUCUGGAAAUGAACAGCAGAGCGAGCAGCAGGCAGCCGCCGAGGAAGAGACCAAAGAGCUGACAUUGGACGAGUGGAAGGCACAGCAGGGGCAGCGCGCUAAGCCCACCUUCAAUAUACGCAAGGCCGGAGAAGGUGAGGACACAUCGCAGUGGAAGAAGAUGGUCGUACUGACCAGCAACAAAAAGAAGGAAAAUGAGAGCGAAGAGGAACUUGAAUACGACCCUGCCAUGUACCCACAGCGCGUUGGCCGCCAGCAGCGCGUUCUCAAUAUCCAGUUUAACUUCAACGACGGUCGUCGCGGUCCAGGCGGCUUUGGCGGACGCGGUGGUCGCGGCGGACCACGUGUCGGCGGCGGUAUUGGUCGCGAUGGACCCCGUCCUGAGGGCGGCAAUCGUGGCGGACCACGUGAUGGACCCCGUGAUGGCCCGCCAUCGGGUCCUCGCCAGAACACUGAGGAAGGAGCUGCUGCUGGUGCCACAUCGGCACCAACAAACAACCGGCCGCCAAUCGAGCGUCGCGGUCCAGGAGCCAACAACAGUGGUGGUGGUGCUGGCGGUUUGGGCGGUGGCGCCAAGCGUUUCGGCAAUGAGCGGCAACAGAAUGCCGCCCCCAAGGUGAACGAUGAGCGCCAGUUCCCGACACUGGCCUAAGCGAGGAGUUCCUCAAAUUUUAAACACAUUUUGGUGACUGAUCUGGGAUUGUUCGCGGCGGCAAAGGUGUACUAGAAGGACUAGCUAGCUGGCAGGCGGCUCUGGAGCAGGUUACCAAAAUGAAAAACUAAUAAAUUACAUAUAUCACAGACAAAUACAAGAAACAAAUUUCUAAAACAAAUUGUAGCCGCCAUGAAAAGCCAAAAGCAACAAAACAACAACACGAAACAGCUAUGCAGAAAAUGGAAAAUAAAAAUAAUACAUAUAUAUAGAAAUAUAUGAUGAAAACAAAAGCAAUUUUAGUUUAUGCGUGGCGCUCACUAAUCAGGUUUUUUACAAGUAAAAUCGCGAUCAAGCUGAAACUUCGUAUAAACUAGUCGGAAGAAGAAGAAAUAAGAGAAGAGAAGAGAAGACACUACUGACACACCACCCACACCCACACCUGCACACACAUCCCCAUUUCACUUAGGAUUGAAAAAUUGUAAUUGAAAUGUCAUGUCCAUUCAAAAUCGACAUUCGUAUAAGAGAGAGAGAUUUGUUUUCCAAUAUGGCGGCUGCGGCGUUUAAGAGAAAUUAUUUUAUUACAACAGGCAAAUGUAUUGUAAAUUUGAUUUAUUUUUUUUUAUAAUUACGUAUAUCGUUUUUCUGAUCAAACACUCAAUAAUCAUCCUACUAACAAUAGAACUAGUACAGUAGCUACAAAGCGUUUAAAAAAGGAACUAAGGAAGAAGAGUGCACGAAGAGAACACAUCACCGGCCUGGCGCGGCUUGUGGAAGAAGCAGAGGAAAAGAAAGAAAACUAAUACUAAAAAAUACACUUCGUAAAAGCAUUUUCAUUACUCCAUACGAUUUGUUUUGUUCACUUAAAAACAAAUACAAUUUUCACGAGGGAAAACUGUACACCUUUUUUUUUAUUAUUUACCAUGUUACAAUUUUAUUUAAAAUAAAGGAAACAACAAAAUGGAAAAAUAUUAAAAGCUGUAGUUCGAAAACAAAAAAACCAAAAGAAUAGCAACUGUUAAAGCCCCUGUAAUUGUGUUUCUCGAUGCAAAUUCUAUAAUUAUACAUUUAAAUUUAA